UCUUCCAACUCAUUAAUUGUGGUGCAUGUUGCAAAUCUCCCUGGUUUCUGUUUGUUUUUUCUUGUCUCCCUAGGUAAAGCGGGCUUGUGGAUUUUCCAGCUAGAUGACAACCGUGCCAAAGUGUCACCAGCCUUAAAGUGUUUGAACUGGUACGAGGCUCAGACCACAACGGACCACCAGCAAAUGGUGGAACUCGACUCUCUGCUGUCCCCAUGCCCAUGUAGUAUACGGGAAGCCUUCUUCGACCCUCGCUUUCGAUUCGCUUGGUGGGAGGGUGGAUACUAUGAGAAUAACUACUGCUUCUACACCAUCCUCUCUCCACGGGGGAGGACCGGGGCAAGGAAAUGCUGUUACUCUUUUCGGAGAGAACGGCGUCUGUGGACGUGGGCUUGGGGAUCACACUGGGGUUGGCGCUACAUUUACUUCCUGAACACAGAUGUCGUGACUGGGGGUGGUUUGGUCAGUUACAACCCUCUGUCGUUUAGCCAGUACCGCAAGUAUCUGGACAACGACCGAGCCCCGUUUGAGAACUGUUGCUUAUUGUCCGGCCUAUGUAGAUACUAUCGCCAGUAUAGACAGUUGGACAGAUGCGAAGGCUACCGCCCACAACGCAGAGCCCGCUUCUGGGGUGACCCGCAUAUUACUACCCUUGAUGGUAAAGGAUACACAUUCAAUGGUUGGGGAGAGUACAUUCUGUUGGAAUUAACAAAUAAAACAUCCGAUCAGCUGAAGGCGUCAAUUCAAGGACGCACAGACCGUGCCCUGAAUAGCACUGGUCACAUGACAGACGCCACCAUCUUCUCGGCUUUUGCUGUCAAGGACUAUGACACGGGUGCCACGAUGCAAGCCGUGCUGAAUAACAACAAAAGCGAUUUAAACGUGUUCUGUAACUCAGUUGACUACACUGAAAGGUUUCAAAACCGUUUUGAAUCAUUUAACAUUAAUGACGACAACCUGGCCUGCACACGUCCGGAAAACAACACUUUAGGCGUGACUUUAACUUCGGGAAUUGGUCUGAACGUGUCACUGGGAGUGGAAUCCUUGGAGAUAUCAGUAACUAUUCCAGAGGACAUGGCGUCUUCUGUUUCUACAAAAGGGCUGCUGGGUGUCUUCAACGAUGACAAAUCCGAUGAUUUCAUGCUUCCUAACGGCACUACAAUCCAUAUUAAUUCAACAGAAAAAGCCAUUUUCAACGACUUUGGACAGCAUUGGUUAGUGAGCGACAUUAACUCGGUGUUCACAUAUCGAGCUGGUGAUAAUGCUAGCAAUCAUCGCCACGAGGAAUUUACCCCCAAGUUCCUAGACGACUAUCCCCAAGACAAAGUGGACAAAGCCAAAGAGUUCUGUGGAGAUAAUAAAGAAUGUAUGUUUGACUACCUGUCUACGAAUCGAGAAGACGUGGCUCAAGACACGCUGAAUACAGCGAACGAAACAGCCGAGGACGAUGAAGCAUUCGGCAACAGUUUGCCGAAUGUCACCGUAGAUCAGACCGUGGUCAAAGCCAUAGUAAACCAAACAACGUUAAUACAGAUUUCAGCCACUGAUGAUGACAACGAAACUGUUGUUAUCUACAUGAUCAACAACAUCACAGGCCAGACUGUUCUCAAUCAAACCGGAAACAAUGCCUAUCUGUCAUGGACUCCGGAAUCUCUUGAUCCUGUCGUUAUUAGCAUAUCCGCCGUGGAUCCAAAAGGCGCCGACGCUCCAGUGCAGCAGGUUCAGGUCUUGCUCUGUAGCGGCUGUAGUGGUCGUGGGGAAUGUGAUUUUAACCAGACGGACGCCAGCUUGGAUGCCACUUCCAGUAACGGGACAGCAUUCACCGUUGUACCAUGCUCCUGUAAUUCCGGAUGGAUUGGUGAUAACUGCAACCAAGACUACAACGGGUGUGCAGACGAACCCUGCCCCAAAGGAACUACGUGUACAGACCUAUCCCCAGACCAGCAGCUCGCCAUGAACGACACGGCCUUCAACUGUAGUGACUGUCCAGAUGGGUUCGAGAAACGUCAGACAAAAUGUUUCGAUAUAGACGAAUGUAACAGCACUCAAUCCGUCUGUACCCAAAUGUGUUUCAACACCGAAGGAAGUUUCUAUUGUGCCUGUAUGGACGGCUAUACUUUAACCAAACAGACUGACUGUGUAGAUAUCGACGAAUGUAAGGAUAGAUCGCAUGACUGUAAUCACAAGUGUACCAAUACACAGGGUAGCUACAACUGUUCAUGUGAAACUGGCUAUUUAUCAUCAGAUGGCGGGAGAAACUGUACGCAGGAUCCGAAUAAUAAUCCAUGUGCUGGUUCGAACCUAGAAUGUCAGUACGGAUGUCGCAAAGUAAACUCUGCCUCGGAAUGUUUCUGCCAGUCUGGUUUUGUUCUGGAAAACAACAUAAACUGUACAGACGUUGAUGAAUGUGCCUUGGUGAGCUGUAGUCAAGAAUGCUCUAACAGCGAUGGAGGAUUUAGCUGUCGCUGUCGCUCAGGAUAUAAGCUUCUCUCUGACAAAUUUACCUGCGAAAAGUGUGACGGUUUGCACUGGGGCGAUAAUUGUGCCAGUGAGUGCAACUGCACCGAGAAUGCUGAGAGGUGCGACAACCUCAAAGGGUGUGUGUGCAAACCGGGCUGGCAGGGCGCUGACUGUGACGAAGAUGUGAACGAGUGUGACGAUAAACAGUGUAAGCUGUUAGAGGAGUGUGUCAACUUGCCUGGGAGCUAUGAGUGUGUCUGCUUGGACGGUUACAAGCCUGUGGCAGGAGACUGUAAAGACAUUGAUGAGUGUGCCAGUGACCUGCUGCAUACCUGUGUGUAUGACUGUGUGAAUGUAGCUGGCCACUUUUUGUGUAAGUGCCCUGCCGGCUACACGGGAAACGGCACGACUUGUGAAGAUAUUGAUGAAUGCACCGAGCUGGUUCCAGACUGUGACCACAAGUGUGUUAACACAAAAGGGAGUUACAACUGUGAGUGUUAUAUUGGCCAUGAGCUGGCAGAUGACCGGAAGUCCUGUGUCGAUGUGGAUAAGCUCUGUGAGAGCAGUGGAAAGACCUGUAACCAGAUUUGCAUCGUAAAUGAAACUACGUCCCAAGCCCAAUGUUUAUGCAGUCCGGGCUACGAACUGUUGAACGCGACCUUCUGCCAAGAUAUCGACGAAUGUGACCAUAAUCUUUGCAAUGAUAAGUGUACAAACACGGACGGUGGUUACACAUGUGCCUGUGGUAAUGGCUAUCAACUCUCCAAUGACCAAAAGACGUGCGAAGCAUGCGACGAUUACCACUACGGUGAAGGCUGCAGUCUGGAAUGUAACUGUGCGCCCCAUGGAAAAUGUAACAACACUGAGGGGUGUGUAUGCAGUUCUGGGUGGGAGGGGACACACUGUGAAAAAGAUGUCAAGGAAUGUGAUGACAAAUCUAAAUGUGAUCAAGAGAAACUGUGUGUUGAGCUGUUGGGUUCCCACAGAUGUGACUGCCCGCCCGGCAAGAAGAUGCUAACGAACGAAACAUGUGCUAAUAUUAAUGAAUGUAGCGAGGGAACUCAUGAAUGUGCCCAGAUUUGUGAAGACAACGACGAAAGUUACACAUGCCGAUGUUACCCAGGGUACAGGAGUCCUGCAGGCAACGAUCGAGUUUGUGACGACAUCGACGAAUGUGCAGAGGGCCACUUUUGCGAGUCCAACUGUAUAAACACAGACGGUAGCUACACGUGUACAUGCCCCCUAAACUUCUUCUUGGCCGAGGACAAGCUGAAGUGUGUUAAAGGAUCCAACUACUCGCUUUGUGGUGACGCUAAACUAGACUGCUCCUAUGCAUGUGACAGAAGCAGCGGAGGCUGUUUUUGUCCCAAGGAGCACGUGCUUGAACCGGAUAAAUUCUCCUGUAGACUGGAGAGAUACCGGGUUAAAGCCAAGAUAACGUUUGAUUUAGAGUUCACUAAGUCCCUAACGAUGAAAUACACAGAUGAAUACAAGAAGAUGGUCUACGACAUCCAGGAAGCGCUGAGGAUAAUUUAUAAAGACGUUCCAAACUUCUCCACUGUCCUCGUCACUAAGCUGGAGUCCGGCUCCGUCGUAGCACUCCACGACGUGGUGUUCUCUAUCCAGGCCAGUCUUGACCAGACCAAAGGUGUAAUGGUGGCUUUGAACUCAGCUUAUACCACCAACACGAUUACAGUAGGAGGGAAAUCUGUGAAAGUGGAGGAGGUGCCCGUCCUCAUCACAAGCCAGGGGAAUGAAUUUCUUGUGACAGACACCCUGACUUGUGCUGCUGAACCGUGUGGCUUUAACGACGUCUGUUACGAAGGGAAGGGUGUGGUCGAAUGCCACCCGGAAGGGACAACGUUUGUGGAGGAAGAACAAGAAGGAGAAGGAGAAGGUGCAGAACGAGACAUAAGCUUGGCCCUUGGACUAGGUUUGGGCAUCGGUCUUGGGGCUCUACUGUGCGCUGUGAUCAUUUUCCUGAUGGUCAAAAAGCCCUGGGCCAAAGGCAGCGGUGAAGUGACAACUAUAUCCGCCAGACAGCCACUAACUGGAUCGAAAGGGUCGUUGAACGGAAGACGAUCGUCUCGUGUAUCACCAACCUAAACAAUCCAGCAUAUAAUGGGGAAUAUGUGUGGAGUGGACGAAGCGGGAGGUAAUCGCGCAGUGCCUUAACUGCAGAUGAAAGGUCUGGUACCUGGAUAACCUCUAUUUCGUCGUCGCCAUCUACUUACAGUGUUCUUCCAUAGCGUUGACGUUAUCUUAGAAAUAAGUUAUAUAAAAAAUAAACAAUGUCAUAUUCUGACUGUUUGCCGACUAUUUGCCGUGUUUUAUGGACAUAUUGGUGUCAUUAUAAGAAAUUGAUUUUGUUUUAUUACUUUUUGACAAUGCUUUCGUUUUCUAGAAAGUAUCCACACAAUAUGAAUACCGUUGAAAGUAUUACAUUUAACUUUGUAUUUGGUGUUUUUGUGGAAUAAUUCAAUCUGAUGGACCCUUUUUAAGGAGGGGGGGAGGCAUUUCAAAAGUCCACAAAACUUAGAGUGUUUUGUAUCAGAGUGAGAAAUUGGACAAAUUUUGACACUUCAUCGAAAUGCAAAAGGCUUACUAUAAAUCAAUUAUAUAUGUAUGUUUACAAAAAUAUAGGUUUGUGUAAAAAAAAAUAUGUGUGUGUUUAGGAAACUUGCUAUUCCUACGAUUUUUGUGUCAUGUUUUCUAUUCUUAGUUUUGGUAACUGUAUUGUUUCUAUAUAUAAAUUUUGAUAUUUUCCAUGGUUAUACAAAAAUGUGAAACGCAUUUCCAAAAUGUGUCCUCUAGAAAUGCGUGUAACCUGCCCUUUGUCUUAGCGUUACAAACUUUGAAAAAAGGCAUUUCUUUAUUGUGUAACCUGUUUUCUUAUCGCCUGCAUGUUUUAGAACUGCAGAAGUUUGUUUUAUAAAUAGUCAAGUAUUUGAAUAUUAUUUUUUUUCUCAGGCGCUCCCAACUACCAUGGCAAAAGCUGACAUAGUUUUAAAAGGAUGCAGGGAUGUUAAUUGGAAUUUAUUCGACGUCAUUGGUCUAAAAUUACUUAAAAUGCUGUGUUGUUAUCACAUUUAUUAAACAUUCCGUGAAAACAAUGUUAAGGGACCAAGUUUUAGGGACUUUUACAGUCCGCCAUCAGGACUAGUUUACGUAUAUUUUAUAUACCACCUCUUCCCAUGCUUGACAAUUAGUGUUUAUAUUUUGCCCCAGGGAGGCCUGAAUAAAUUAACAAGAAUAAACAGGUUGUUCAUAUGCAUGUUUUACAUUGCGUGUUUUAAACUGCAGAAGACUUUCAUAAAAAGUCAAGUAUUUGAAUAUCACUCAGAAGGCAAACAAACAUGUUCAGAAUUUAUAAUAAACGGUAGAAAUCAGAUAUCUCGAAUGAUUUAUUUAAUGUAGCAUUUGAAAUUCAUAUGGGCACUAGUAAGCACAAGACUUCAGACCGAUUCAAACGUUACAUGUGCAUUCUUGUGUAUGGUGUGAAACAACAAUGAAAUCAUUAAAUAAUAAUUAAAUUAAUUAUUACCUUAUUAUUACAAUUAAGACCUUUCCUUGAGUAUAUUUAAGCCUAAACAGAGAUAUCCUUCACAUAGGUUAACCCCUUUACAUAUUGUGAAGCAUUUAAUUCAUGAAUUCAUAGUAAAUGAAAUCAUGUCAGUAAUUAAUUUUCAGGAAAACAGGAAAGUGACGAUACUUGGUGAAGAAGCUGCAGAAAAAGAGAUAAAAUGUAAACCAGUUAACCAGAUAUGCCGUUAAUUCGUUGUAACUGACUGUAAUUGCCUACACCUCACUGUGAUUAAUACAACAUUUGUGGUUUGUGAUGUCAAUCCAUCUGUCCGUUCGUCCACUAGACAUUUUCUGGUGUAAUAGUAAACACUUUUCACAAGAUCAUCUCGAAUUAACAUAUGGACAAUUUCUUAUUUGCAUCUUAAGUAGGAUUUGUUUAUCGAGUUGUAUGAUUGUCCACCAAUGUAGUUAAUUCAUCUAGAUCUGGCUGCUCAGUUGUACAUACAUUGCUUGCAGCGUAUCUCUAAAAACUUACAGCCACUGUGCUCAUACAAAUUUCCUUACCGGAUCGUCACUACAGAUUGUCUUCUAGAAAGAGGGAACAUUUCUCAGCUGUUUGCUGUGGUACUCUAUAAUGGUAAACUCAGACAUGAACUCUGAAACAGAAGGCUCCUGUGAACUAGAUGAAUUUUGGAUUGGUUUUUAUAUUUAUUAGAAAGGUGUACGCAGCACUGAAGAAUUCUUCAUUUAUAUAUGACGGUCAAAUCACAGCACAUCUCAGAUUUGAAGAACAUACAGAUUUAUGUAUAUGUUUUCCCCUCUGACCUUGAACUCUUUCAGUGGCUUUCUUGGGGUUCUGCUGGCCGCUGUGAUCAGUUUCCUAUUACUGAGAGCAGAGAGAUCUACAAAUUCCCUGCCCAAGGCCGGUUGCAAACCUGCAUCUCGUGUGUCCCAGCGAUUGAAAGCAACCAUCUAUAUAACCUUUACACCACAGCCCGCUCUCUGAAAAGCUUCCUUGAGCACUCCCAAUCCUAAAUACAUAAAAUGUCUUUGAUUUAUUUAU